GAGAGACGUGCAGUUGCAUUCCUGGAGAGAGAACCCUGCCCCUUCCUCCUCCUUCCUCUCUUCCCUCCUGGUCUCUCAGCCGGCGGCGGCAGAGAGGGAUUUUCAACCCGGGCUGCAGAUGCAGGGAACAGGGCUGCAGAGUGAAAGUGACACUGGUAGUCCGUAGGGAAGUUGUAAAAAGGAGCACGUUUUAAAGGCAUUCGAAAGACUUUGGAGUUUGUACUUGGGCGACCCGAGCGGUUCAAUUAAAUUUGAAGAAAGUUUACUUUUUUGGGUGGUCAUGGGUUGCCAGCAGACACUCGUGUCCGGCCGGACAGCGCUGCUUCUGGCGGGCUUGCUCGUGGCUCUGUGGCACCGCAGCGCCGCAAGUUGCCCUGAGAGAGACUUGGAGGACAGGGAAGAAGAGGCCAACAUAGUUUUGACCGGCACCGUGGACGAAAUAAUUAACAUGGACCCGGUGCAUAAUACCUAUUCUUGCAAGGUCAGGGUGUGGCGCUACUUAAAAGGAAAGACCAACGUCAACCGCGAAAUUCUCCUGGACGGUGGCAACAAGUUGAUGAUAGCCGGCUUUGGCAACCCCGGGAUCUGCGACAACCAGGUAGCCACGGGCGACACGCGCAUAUUCUUUCUCAACCCUGCCCCGGAGGCCAUGGGUCCAGAACACAAGAACGAACUUAUGCUCAACUCAAGUCUGAUGAGGAUUACCCUGCGCAACCUGGAGGACGUGGAGCACUGUGUGGAAGCUCACAAAUAUAUAGUUGCAGACAAACCACCUCACUUCACUCCAGCCCAGCCUCCUGAUGGUUGCAGAGGGAUGCUCUGCGGCUUCGGCGCUGUAUGUGAGCGUGACCAGACCGACCCGGCCAAGGCCGAGUGUGUUUGCAAGAGAGUCGACUGCCCGUCCUUGGUGGCGCCAGUUUGCGGCUCGGACUCGUCCACCUACUCGAACGAGUGUGAGCUGGAGAAAGCCCAGUGCAACUCACAGAGACGAAUUAAGGUUCUUCGCAAGGGGCCCUGCUCUCUGAAGGACCCCUGCACCGACGUGGUCUGCAGCUACGGCAGCACCUGCGUCCAGUCAUCAGAUGGCUUGUCGGCUAAAUGCAUGUGCCCCCUCGGCUGUGAGGGCAAGCGCGAGCAGACAGUGUGCGGCAGUGAUGGAAAAGACUACCGAAACGAGUGUGAGCUCCAUCAGCACGCCUGCAAGAACCAGAGGAACAUACGAGUGCAAUUCCAAGGGCACUGCGACCCAUGCAAAGACAAUGAGAACAGCCUGAACACGUUGUGCCGGGUGGAGGCUCUCACCCGCCGGCCCCUCAUCUUCAGCCUGCCGCAGUCAUGCCCCCCGGGUAAUGAGCCUCUGUGUGCCAGCGACGGCCAAACCUACCCCAGCGAGUGCGCCAUGGAAGCAUCAGGAGCGCAGAAAGGGAUCAAGCUCAGGAAGAUCCAUGCAGGACAAUGCAGAAGCCUGGCGGACUGUCAGGAGGAGUGUCUCUUCAACGCAGUUUGUCUCGUGGAACAGCUGAGCGCCCGCUGCUCCUGUGAUCCCAUCGAGUGUGACGGCACCUACAAGCCUGUGUGCGGCAAGGACGCCCGCACCUACACCAACGACUGUAUUCGUCGCAAGGCGGAGUGUCUGAGCAAGACUCUCAUCUCCAUCAAGCACCAGGGGCCCUGUGAUCUCAGCAUACCAAGCCCCUGCCUGGACAAGAUGUGCGAGCAUGGGGCGGUGUGCGUGGUCAAGAACAACGAGCCGGUGUGCGAGUGCCCUGAGGCCUGCCCGCAAACGUCAGACCCAGUGUGCGGAUCCGACGGCCACAGCUACGGCAGCCCCUGUGAGAUGCGAGCAAUGGGCUGUGCCCUGCAGAAGGCCAUUCACAUCCAACACAAAGGACCCUGUGAUGAGUCUUGUGCCAAUUGCUCUUUCGGGGCAAUCUGCGAUGCCCAGAGCGGGCAGUGUGUGUGUGCAUCGGAGUGUGUUGAGUCCCACCAGCCUGUUUGUGGCAGCGAUGGCAGCACCUACAACAGCGAGUGUGAGCUGCAUGUGCGGGCCUGCAAACAACAGAUGGACCUCCGAGUGGUCAGCCAGGGAGAGUGCAAAACGUGUGGCAGCACCGUCUGUGCCUGGGGUGCCCGGUGUGUCCAGAAUAAGUGUGAGUGUCCACAGUGCUCAGGCGAGGCCUUCUCCCCAGUGUGUGGAAGUGAUGGCACCACCUAUAACAAUGAGUGUGAACUCCGCACAUCCACCUGCAUGCAGAAGAGGAGAAUUGAUGUGGCGAAGCCCGGCAGCUGUGAUGAAGACUGUGGCUCAGGAGGGUCAGGCUCAGGUGUGGAGAGCUGUGAACAGGACCGCUGUCGCAUGUUUGGGGGCUCGUGGGACGAGGAUGCUGAGGACGACCGUUGUGUCUGUGACUUCAGCUGCCAAAGUGUGCCUCACAACCCGGUUUGUGGCUCAGAUGGAAAAAACUACAGCAACGAGUGCCAGCUGAAGAAGGCCAGAUGUGAGAAACAAGAGCACUUGCUGAUUCAGAAUCAGGGACCCUGUGCAGCAAUUUCAGCCACAUCUCUGCCUGAGCUGACGGCACCCCAGCACUGCAGCCUGUCUGUGUAUGGCUGCUGCCACGACAACGUGACGGCCGCCUUGGGAGUUGGACUGGCAGGAUGUCCCAGUACCUGUCAGUGUAAUGUCUACGGCUCCUACAAGGGAACGUGUGAUCCAGCCUCCGGCCAGUGCUCCUGUAAGCCGGGUGUCGGGGGACAGAAGUGUGACCGCUGCGAGCCGGGCUUCUGGAACUUCCGUGGCAUUGUGACCGAGAACAUGAGUGGCUGCACACCGUGUAACUGCGACGCAACAGGCUUGGUCCGGGACGACUGUGAGCAGAUGUCGGGCCUGUGUUCAUGCAAGACAGGAGUGAAGGGCAUGAAGUGCAACGUGUGUCCAGAUGGAAGCAAGAUGGGCAUGAAUGGCUGCGACAAAGGUCCCGAGGCCCCGACUUCAUGUGAAGAGUUAGUGUGUAGUUUUGGAGCUACUUGCAUUGAGUUGAACGACCAAGCCCACUGCGAGUGCCCUUCACCUGACUGCGAUGAGAAAAACAAAACCAAGGUGUGUGGUUCAGAUGGGGUGACCUAUGCCGACCAGUGCCAGCUGAGGACCAUAGCCUGUAGGCAGGACAAGGACAUCACAGUGCAACACCUUGGACAGUGCACAGAAAUCAUCUCUGAGCCGGCAGACCGGCCCACCCCAAACCCCUCAGCAACCACCCACAGCACAACCGCUGCCGCCACCAUCACCACCCCCGCCCCUUUCCACCCUGACAUGGUGUGGGCCAUCCCGCCUCCACAGACGGAAGAGACAGAGACCACAGAGCAACCCUCGGCCACCAACUCCUUUUCCACCCUCAUCCACAGCCAAGCAAACCACCGCCCCCCCAUCCACAACCAGCCUCAGCCACCAAAGUCCACCGCUGCCACCACCACCUCCUCCUCCCACAGCAGCGCUGCUCCUUCCGCUGCUGCGUCCUCCUUCGACGGUUCGGGCAGUGGGGAGCCAAGUGGGGACGACCAGACCGAAGAAGAGGAGGAAGGUGAAGAGGAAGUCGGUAGCGGCAUCCCAACGGAGGCCAGUGGGGCAGAGGAGCCUGUUGGUCCCACGCUGGCCAGCACCACUAUACCCACAGCUGAGGACAGGUCAUCCUGUGAAAACACAGAUUUCGGCUGCUGCCCUGAUGGCAAGACACCGUCUAGCACUCCAGAGGGCGCCAACUGCCCCUCCCGCCAUGCCAGCUUUUGGGAUGAGUCUCAGUCCGCCACCAUGAGGUUUAGCGGUUUCCUACACUUGGACCAGGUGGAGGGCCAGGAGAUUUUCUACACCCCUGAGAUGGAGGACCCCAAGUCAGAGCUGUUUGGAGAGACGGCCCGCAGCAUAGAGAGUGCUCUCAAUGAGUUAUUCAGGAAGUCGGAGGUGCAGAAAGACUUUAUGAGCGUUCGUGUCCGGAACCUGGCGCCCAGCAACUCCAUCCUGGCCUUUGUGGAGGCCCAUUUUAAACCAGAUACAAGAUACACGGUGGAGGACAUCGAAGGAGCCCUGCUGAAACAGCUGAAGGCCUCUAAAGAGACCAGCAUCGCCGUGAAGAAGCCGGAGGAUGAGAAUAUACGCUUUACCAAUUAUGGCCUCUCCUCCCCGUUCUUCACCACCACUACCACCACCACCACGUCAGUAACCACAACUGCUCCCACCACCAUCACCGCAAGGCCUUCAACAACCUCCCCGUACAUCACCCGUCGCCCACCAGGCACUACCCGCAGGCCUUACAAUGGCAGACGUACCACCACAGCCUCUGCGCCAGUCACCACACCACGACCCACCACCACCACCACCAAGGCGGCUGUCACCACACCCGCUGCCACCACGCCAGCCGUCACUAUGCCAGCCAUCGCCACGACGGCCCUGCCUCCAGCCACCACUGUUGCUCACGUUAGGGGCAAGCUUCACCACAAGGCCCAGAAGCCUUGCGGCUCCCACCCCUGCCUUCAUGGGGGCACCUGCGAGGACGACGGCAGUGACUUCAGCUGCAAGUGCCCCGCUGGGCGAGGAGGCUCCGUGUGUGAGAAGGUGAUCAAGUACUUCAUCCCGUCCUUUGGAGGCCAAUCAUACUUGGCUUUCCCAACCAUGAGUGCGUAUCACACGGUCCGCAUCGCCAUGGAGUUCAGAGCAUCCGAGAUGACCGGCAUCCUGCUCUACAACGGCCAGGAAGGCAAAAAGGACUUCAUAUCUCUGGCUCUGGUUAACGGCAAGGUGGAGCUCAGGUUCAACACAGGUUCGGGUACAGGCACAGUGGUGAGCAAAGUACAAAUCAAUCAGGGCCGCUGGCAUCAGCUGGUAGUGACUCGCAACCGGCGCAACGCCAUGCUCAGCGUGGACAACGAGCCACACAUUGAGGGCGAAAGUCCACGCGGCACAGACGGCCUCAACCUCGACACAGACCUGUUCAUCGGGGGAGUGCCAGAGGAAAUGAAGCAGGAUGUGAGGGAAAGGACCGCGGUGGCCAUAGGUCUGGUGGGCUGCAUUCGCUUGCUGGAUGUCAACAACAGGGUGCUCAACCUGCAGGAGAGCGAGGGUGACAGUCUGUACGGCAGCGGCGUUGGUGAAUGUGGCAACAACCCGUGCCAGCCAAAUCCUUGCAAUAACGGUGCUGCAUGCCAGGUCAAGGAGGCAGAGAUGUUCCACUGCAAGUGCAGCAAAGGAUUCUGGGGUCCAACUUGUGCAGAUGUCCAUGACCCAUGCGAGCCGAACAGGUGCCAUCCAUCCUCCCAGUGCCAGGCGUUGCCCGAGGGAGGAUACAAAUGCGAGUGUCCCAUGGGACGUGAAGGGAGGCACUGUGAGAAAGUGGCUGAGAGGAGAGGGGCUUACAUGCCACUAUUUAACGGAGACUCUUACCUGGAGCUGAAGGGGCUCCAUCUCUACGGGCAUGAUCUGCGUCAAAAGGUCAGCAUGACAGUGAUUCUUAUGGCCAACGACUCCAACGGUUUGAUCUUCUACAACGGCCAAAAAGCAGAUGGAAAAGGAGACUUCAUCUCUCUGUCCCUCAAUAAUGGCAUCCUGGAGUUCCGCUACGACCUGGGGAAGGGACCCGCUACCAUCAGGAGUAAGGAAGCAAUCCAGCUGAACGUGUGGAGCACCAUUAACCUGGAGCGCUCCAACCGGAAAGGAGAGAUCAUGGUGAACAAGAAGGACCCUGUCAGAGGAGAGGCACCGAAAUCACGCAAGAACCUGCACGUAGAUCUUAACCUGAAAGAGUCUCUUUAUGUUGGCGGAGCUCCCGAUUACAGCCGACUAGCAAGAGUUGCUGCACUCACGGAUGGCUUCAAGGGAACAAUCCAGAAGAUCAUUUUAAUGGGUACCACCAUCCUCAGAGAGGAGAACGCCCUGCGCUCCAGCAACAUAGCCAUGUUCCAGGACCACCCGUGUUCCCAGGAGCCCUGCCACAAUGGUGGCCGAUGCAACCCUCUGCUGGAAACCUACGAGUGUGCUUGCCUCAGCGGUUUCUCAGGAGGACGCUGUCAGAACACCAUCUACGAGAAGUCUGCCGGAGAGACUGAGGCCAUUGCCUUUGACGGGCGAACGUUCAUUGAGUACCACAACGCUGUUACAAAGAGUGAGAAGGCCCUGCUGGUGAACAAAUUUGAGCUGAGCAUCCGGACAGAGGCGACCCAGGGCCUGGUGCUGUGGAGCGGGAAGGGCGUGGAGCGCUCUGAUUACAUUGCCCUGGCCAUCGUGGACGGACAUGUCCAGAUGACAUACGACUUGGGCUCUAAGCCCGUGGUGUUGCGCUCCUCGGUGCGUGUUGACACCAACCGCUGGAUACGCAUCAAGGCCAGCAGAGCACUUAGAGACGGCUCUCUACAGGUUGGCAAUGAGGCAGCGGUAACAGGGUCUUCGCCUUUGGCAGCAACACAGCUGGACACAGACGGAGCGCUGUGGUUGGGUGGUCUAGAGGAGCUGGCGGUGGCCCGUCGGCUGCCCAAGGCCUACAGCACCGGCUUUGUUGGCUGCAUCAAGGACGCGGUGGUGGACGGCGUGGAGCUCCACCUGGUGGAAGACGCCUUAAACAGCCCCAGAAUAUUACACUGUUCUGCCGCCAAAUAACCCAGCAGAGACAAAAUAUAAUAGGAAAACAGGAAAAAAACGAAACCCUCCCACUCUCUCCCUCCAUAGCGCCCAUUUCUCCUGCUGUAAUUAUUUUCUAUUUUUGUAUACUUUUCAUCGCUUUUAUAUGGAAAGAAAAUGUUGUUUUAAUUUUUGUUUUAUAUAUUUUGUUCUUUUUUUAUCUGCACCUCCAUGAACAGAACACACUUUGUUUUUUCCUUACCGCCAUGGUCCUCUAUUUGUUUCUUUCAAAAAGCAGGCAUCUCUGUGAAAAAGAGAUAUUUUUAUUCUUCUCAGUUUUGUUGUCUAAAACAAAUGCCAACUUCAAAAAAAAAGACUGCUUCUUUUCCUCGCUCAUUACUUGAACACUGAGGGCCUCACUAAUGAUCUCUGGUUACUGCCUUGUCUUGGUGCCAUAUUUAUCGUCCACAUUCCCCCAAGCAUGGCAAAUACAUCCAUGAGUACAUAGACAUACAUUCCUCCCCCCCACCCCUAUGAGAGCUAGUACACAGUGUAUGCAGCGGCCAGUGUGUGCAGCUCUUUGAUGCUGCAGCCAGCUGGCGUCUCCAGUCGAGAAAACUCCGUAAUCAGCCCCGGUAGCCCACUGUAUUUUCCUAAUGGGACUUUUUAGAUAUCAGUCAAGCUGCUACAGUGAGAAAGUACACAGUCAAAACCACUCCAUCAACCCCCACAUCUCACAGCGCCAAAAAAAAAGAAGCAAAAAGAAAAGAAAAAACUCUCCACUCAAUCUGAAUCCCAUCAGAGCCUUUAGUUUUGAAAUAUGACUCACUAACACUGCAACCCUACGUGAUGGAGAGAGCGCUGCAUUCUACAAUGACUCGCAUAUCAUUAGUCAUAAGUCAAAACAUGAAUAAAUGUUAUAAAUAUAGAGUAUAUAAAUAAUACCUGAGACUGUGAAUAUGUAAGAUGGGUUCUCUUUGGAGAAUUGUGCUUCUCAUGUACUAUUGUGCGUUCUGUUUUACAAUCCGCAGAUGAACUAAUGAUGACCACUAUAAAUGCAUGCACUUCUGCAGUGUUGGUUUGAAUCUGGUUUAUUGUUUGUUUUAUUUAUGUUUUUCCCAUAAAAAAAAAGUACUACUAUUACUAAAUACUUAGUUUUUUUUUUUUACAAUUACUAAGGUUCCUUUUUUUCUCUUAUUUCCUCUGAUGUGAUUUCAGAAACUACAGAGCUUGGAACCAUGUUUUACAUUCCCUGUAUUUUUGGGGUUUCUUUAUUUUUCUUUAGGGAAAUUAGUUUUGCUGGACCCGGAAUGGUGCACAGGGGGAAAAGUUGUUACCAUAUCUGACCUUAAGGAGGUGCUGAAAGCAAAGACUGAAGAAAAGGACAGACAGAAAGGAGGAGAGAUGUUAUGGGGAGAGCUACUACUCUUGGGAAUGUCCCGUCAAACAACAGUCAGUCGUCAACACAAACAAAAACAAAAAAACUCUGCCUGAGACUUAAUUUCUUUUCGUAUUCGACCUAGGAGCGUUCCUGGAGGACUUUCUUUUUUUCGGCUGUUAAGAGAGAGACUGUGAUGUUGUGAUCUUUUGAAGCCAUAACAGCCACAAAAAUGGGAAAAGAUGCAUAAUCCUACAGUACUUGCAGAUUAACAUAGCAACGCAUGGGUUUGUGCAUAACUAGUGCAAAUUCUGUAACAUUCAGUGAACUGAUGCAACGUGGAGUCGUCUUUGCUGAACCACAAUAAGCGGCACUGACUGACUUAAGGACACUUGUUUUGAUAUGAGAACUUUGGCAAUAUUCUAAGACAAAAUCAUGCCUGUUCGUGGUUGAGGAUCAAAUGGUCUUGUGCUAUUUCUUUUUUUUUCUCAAGUUCUGAAUUAUGUUUUCCUUCUUAAAUCAUCAAACAACCUGUUUUUGUACAGCUGCAAUUUUUAAGUGUACAUUUAGCAAACGUGUUAUCUGUGGAGGUUUAUGUUUUUAGUAAUAUACACUGGAACCAUGUCAGACUUGUCCGUUUGCCCAAACGAUGAGUUCAUGUACAUGGGGGAGGGAUAGACCUAAAGCUAUAACUGUGUUGUGUGUAAUCAAGCUCUGAGUGUCCAUACCAGACUCUUUUCUGGUGUCUCAAGCCACGUUACAAUUCCAGCACUCACUCUAUUAACCUUAGACUGGUCUUAUUUUACCAUGCUGUUCUUUGCAUUUGAUCCUUUCAGGUGGUAACACUUAAUAAAGAAGAGAUUCCUGUGUAUUUGGUUGACUCGAGAAAAAUAAAGACAAUUGCAGUCUAUGAUUUAGGUGGAAACUAUUUGCCUUAAUAAACCUUGUCACAUCGUCUCUGAGCAGGUGACAAAGACUUUAUUGAUAUAACUGUUCCUUAUUUUAGCCAGUGUAUUAGCCUCAUCCCCAUAAUGUAAAUGAGUAAUACAUAAUAAUGAUUAUUAUAUUAGUAAUAAUGCUCAUACAUAAAAAAUUAUAAAAUACCAGGAGGCCUCUGCAAAUGUCCCCUCUGGCUUUUUACAAAAAAUCUAUUUACUGUUUUUUGAAUCUAUUUUCUGUUCCUUAUUUAUGUCUACAUGUGGAUUAUCUUCCAUGUCUGGCCUCUGUAAACUACUGUCUUACUGCGCGAACCUCCUCAAAAGGCAGUGCACCGAGUAAGAGUGGCAUGACCUGAACAUUACUAACUUUAUGACCUUUGUCUUGUGUUCCUACCACCAUGAAAUAAAAUGUCAACCAAAUGGA